UAUCAGAAAGCUUCUGCGGCGCUGGGCAGGUUGUGAGAUGCCGGGCGGAGGCCGCUGCCCCGACUGCGGCUCCACUGAGCUGGUGGAAGACGCGCACUAUUCGCAGAGCCAGCUGGUGUGCUCGGACUGCGGCUGUGUGGUCACCGAGGGCGUGCUCACCACCACCUUCAGCGACGAGGGCAACCUCCGAGAAGUAGCGUAUUCCCGGAGCACAGGGGAAAAUGAACAAGUUACUCGCAGUCAGCAGCGAGGUCUCCGCCGAGUGAGAGAUCUCUGUCGAGUUCUGCAGUUGCCAUCAACAUUUGAGGACACAGCAGUUGCCUACUACCAAAAGGCAUACCAGCACCCUGGCAUCCGUGCUGCCAGGCUGCAAAAGAAGGAGGUGUUGGUUGGGUGCUGUGUCUUAAUCACCUGUAGGCAGCAUAACUGGCCCCUGACCAUGGGGACCAUCUGCACCCUGUUGUACGCAGAUUUGGAUAUGUUUUCUGGCACCUACAUGCAGAUAGUGAAGCUCCUGGGGCUGGAUGUGCCAUCUCUGUGCUUGGCAGACCUGGUGAAGACCUACUGUAGCAGCUUCAAACUUUUCCAAGCCUCCCCAUCGCUGCCAGCCAAAUACAUGGAAGACAAAGAGAAGAUGCUGUCGCGAACACUGCAGUUGGUGGAGCUGGCGGAUGAGACAUGGCUGGUGACCGGGCGGCAUCCCUUGCCUGUCAUCACUGCUGCUGCUUUCCUGGCUUGGCAGUCGCUGCAGCCCUCAGCUCGUCUGACAUGUUCCCUGGCCCGAUUUUGUAAAUUGGCAAAUGUGGACCUGCCCUACCCCGCUUCCUCCCGGCUACAGGAGCUGCUGGCUGUGCUGCUGCGGAUGGCUGAGCAGCUGGCCUGGCUGCAGGUACUGAAACUGGACAAACGGUCUGUGGUGAAGCACAUCAGUGACCUGCUGCAGCACCGCCACACUUUGAUCCGCAAAGCCUUUCGAGAAGGGACAUUAGAGGUGGAGGCCCUGGAGAAGGAGCUGCAGGGACGGGGACCGGGGCAAGGACAGGGAAAAGAGGAAGUGGGGAAUAGCGCCUCCGAGUUACCUGAGGGGAAGCGGCCAGCUAGUCCUGCCCUUCUCCUCCCACCCUGCAUGUUGAAGCCCCCAAAGCGGGUCUGCCCCGCCCCCCCUGCCUCCACGGUCACCGGAGAUGAGAACAUUUCCGAUAGUGAAAUAGAGCAGUAUUUGCGGACCCCUCAGGAAGUGCGGGACUUUCUGAGAGCCCAAGCUGCUGGACAAGCUGCCACAAGUAAUCCUAACCCCCCCUGAUGCACUUGGUGGGUUUGGUGGGGCAGGGGUCACGUCAUUCUGACAGCAGCUUGAUAAUAGACCUGUCAUGUCCAGAGAAAUAAAUGUGUACAAGCCCUUAGGUAUUGUCUCUGCAGCUCAGAGCCCAGGUCCUGGAGUAGAAAUGAGAACGACUGUAGGAACCCCUGGGUUGGAGAGAGUCCCAUCCUUUAGUGCCAGAGAGCAGGUUGCAUAUGUUCACAUUCUGUGGGGUGGCUUUCCUCUUAGAUGUUGGGCUCUCUUCUGCUCCUGGUCUGAACUGGAUAAACUGAACGCGCUCAUGGGGCCUUGCUACUGGUGAGGAGCAGUUGGCAUUUCCAUGGUACCAGCCCUCAGGGCAGGAACUGGGCAACUCUUGGCCCUGUGUCCUAGGUAUUGGUGGGUUAAUGUGUAUGGUAUCAUGAGAUCUUCUGCCUCAUAACAAAAGGACCGUGGGUGGACUAAGGUUAUAGCUCAAAGGGCUUUGCAAAAUUUUAAUAUAUUAAAACAAGAGGCAUCUGCUAGAAAACAUUCUAUUGUAUAAAACCCGAGCUUUUAAAAACA